CUCCUCCUCCUGUCCAGCUCGUCAACCCAUCCCUCGCUGCCUCGCACUCCAUCUGCAGCACAAGGUCUCCGCGCUCAGACAACAGCUCGAUCGCAGCAUGGCGCCCGCCGCCACCCUGGCCGCCGCCGAUGCCGCGCGCAAGGCCGGCAAUGCCGACGAGGCCGUGCAGAUCUGCACCCAGAUCCUCGCCGGCUCUAGCGACACCGACGAGGCACUGCGCGAGCACGAGGGCGCCCUGACGCGCCUGGCGGGCCUGUAUCGCGAUGCCUCCGACGCAGAUGCACUCGCCGCCCUCGUGCGCGACAGCCGCACAUUCAUGGGCAAGCUGCCCAAGGCAAAGACUGCCAAGCUGAUCCGCUCCCUCAUCGACCACUUCGACCCGCUCGCCGCCGCGUCGCCCGAGGCGCGCAGCACGCAAGUGGCCGUUACGCGCGAGAGCAUCGAGUGGGCGCGCGAGGAGCGCCGCGUCUUUCUGCGCCAGAGCCUCGAGAGCCGGCUGAUUGGUCUCUACUUCGACCAAGCAGCCUACCGCGCCGCGCUGCCGCUCAUCGACUCGCUGCUCAAGGAGCUCAAGCGUCUCGACGACAAGAUGGUGCUGACCGAGGUGCACCUGCUCGAGUCGCGCGUGCUGCAUGCGCUCAAGAACAUGCCGCGUGCCAAGGCGGCUCUCACGUCGGCCCGUACAGCGGCAAAUGCCAUCUACUGCCCGCCGUUGCUGCAGGCGCAGCUGGACCUGCAAUCAGGCGUGCUGCACGCCGAGGACAAGGACUACACCACGGCCUACUCCUACUUCUUCGAGACGCUCGAGGGCCUCUCCGCCGCCGAAGACUCGCGCGCGCCCCUGGCGCUCAAGUACAUGCUGCUCUGCAAGAUCAUGCUCAACCUGCCCGACGACGUUGCCGCGCUGGUGGACGGCAAGAUGGCGAGCAAGUACGGCGGCCGGGAUGUGGGCGCCAUGAAGGCGGUGGCCGAGGCGCACGAGAAGAGAGAUCUGCAAGCGUUCGAGGAGGCACUGCGGUCAUACAAGGAGGAGCUGUCCAACGAUCCCAUCAUCCGCACGCACCUGGCCGCGCUGUACGACACGCUGCUGGAGCAGAACCUGCUGCGCCUCAUCGAGCCGUACUCGCGCGUCGAGAUUGAGCAUGUGGCAGGGCUCGUGCGCCAACCUGUGCGGGAGGUGGAGCAAAAGCUCUCGCAAAUGAUCCUCGACAAGGUCCUGGCGGGCAUCCUCGACCAAGGCGCGGGCUGCCUGAUCGUGUACGACGAUGCACCGCCGGACGCCACGUACGCAGCCACGCUCGAGACGCUGCGGCAUGUCGGCAAUGUGGUGGACUCGUUGGCCGCCAAGGCUAAGGCGCUUAGCUAGAAAGGAGCAGUGACAAUGACAAGAGUCUUGCACAUCUCCUUGGCGGACGUGAGGCGUGGGAAGGGACGGCCAGAGCGGAGGAGAAGGGCGGCCAUCUCUGCACGGACCCUGCGCGCGGCCUUGCGGACAUGAGCAGCGCAAGCGGCAGACGAGCAGACGGAGAGAGGUCAGCUGACCCACACUCUAGCCUUAUCACGCUGGCGGCCUAGAGCAAUCGACUCAAUCAAAGACAGGACAACUGCCGGCGUGCCGGCGCU